AUUUGCCUACUGGGAUGUCUUUACGUCAUAAUCAUACUCUGCUUUCUCUGAUAUGCACCAGUUUCUUAAAUUUGUGUGAAGAUAUGCAUAAAUAUUGGAGCAUUACUGAAUGAAUGUUACAAAAUGCACAAAAAAAAAAAGUUUUGGGGUUUAGAAUGGGUUUUAGAGCCACAGCUCCAGAUCUAAGGUUUAAAUGUCUAAGCAAGAAAAAAAUUAAUGAUGGGAGAGGACAAUAAACAUGUAAUUAUGUAAUAAUCAUGUUUAUUUAGUUACAAAGUAUACAAAUGAUACACUUACAUCUUACUUCCAAGCUGGUAGACUAGUCAGAUGAUAUCAAAAUUUAACUUUGCAGAUACUUUUCUGCAGUAUGGAUGGGGAAGCUGGAAAGAUGCAUUGGGCUAAAUGCACCAGGUAAUCCUGGAAGAAAAGCAGAGGUUCAAAAUUGAGAAGCCAUAGCCAGACUUGAAAAUGUACAAAUGCUCUCAAUCCCAUCUGACUGAUCUUGAGCCAUUUUUGUAAAGAAUAGCCAAAAAAAUGAUUUGUUUAUAGAUGGUAAAGUGAUACCCUAAAAGGAUUUGCAGCUUAAUACAUAUACACCCCACACGUUUCAGAUAUCCAUUCUUUUUUCACUCUACAAUCUCUGUGUGGAAAGGUUUAAGAGAUAUAAGUACCUAUGAAAUGGUAGAGUAGGGCAGUUAUUCACAAGGCAUUUAAUAUUUUACUCAUUGCAUAUUUGGUUAAUUUGAGCUCUUGGUCUAGGGCCAUAUUGUAACAGACCUAUAACAGUUGAACCAGUAAUCGAUUGAAAGGAACUAUUCCGAAGAGUUCAAAUAAUUAUUUUUCAUUUUGCUGCUACUUUUCUAACAUCUGUUCUUAUUGACAUCACCUUAUUCUAGAAACGACAGUUUAUUCCACACAUUUUUAUGAUUUGUGUAACGUGAGCAUACACAUUGUUACGUAAAAUAACAGGAACCGUUUUCGACAAGCAGGGAUAAUUAGCAAUCUGUUUCUAGAUUUAAAAAAAAAAAAAAAAAAAACUUACAGCGUAUAAGAACUGUAAACAUCCGGGGGAAAAAAACCGUACCAUUCUUUCUUUGACCCACAAACGUUAUAUUUUGAAUGAAAAGGUUCUCCCGUCCAUCACAACAACACGAAACCAAGACCUCUGUCCGAAGAAGAACUGCGAUUGGCUGACCAUUCUACAGGAGCAGUAAUCCGGGAAAACGAUUGGCUGACAGCCGUCAGGGGAGGCGGGCCCACUUCAGCUGCGACUGUCAAGAUUGGCAAAGCGGUGGCUGCUGCUGCUGUAUGCAGGUAAAAGGAGCAAGCGACAAGAGGAAAAACAAGACCUGGAAAACAUUCAUCCUGGCAGAAAGCGAGGGGUGCAAUGGAAACGUGGGAGCCCUUUUGUGCGAAAUAGUGUGAGGAGAAGAGGUUUUAAAUUCGCGUAUGAAACUGCAACACCUCUUGGUAGCCUUAGCGGAAAGUGUCGCUUUGUGAGUGGGAGCAACUUGGACAGCUGCGUGUUUUCAAGAGGAGCCAUCAACAAAGAAUGAAAGCGUUGAAACGAGCUCUGCAGGAUAACCACCAUCCCGAGCAGGAGCACUCUUCGGCCGUGUCGGACAGCGAUGACGGCUCCCCGCUCGACCUGUCAGGGAGAGGGGUCCUCGGGAAGCGCCGUCGCCGCGGCAACCUGCCCAAGGAGUCGGUUCAGAUCCUCCGCAGCUGGCUGUACGAGCACCGCUUCAAUGCAUACCCAUCGGAGCAGGAGAAGCUCAGUCUUUCGAACCAGACUAAACUGUCUGUGCUGCAGAUCUGCAACUGGUUCAUCAAUGCCCGCCGCCGCCUUCUGCCUGAUCUGCUUCGCAAGGAUGGCAAAGAUCCCAGCAAGUUCACCAUCUCCCGUAAGAUCGUCGGUAAAACCGAGGCCCAUCAGUCAAACGGAGGCGAAGCCGGCUCUCCCGAAAUCGGCGCCUCCGCUCGCUGCCCUCAGCCGCGUCCAUCGGUAAUCCGCUCCACGCCCGCUUUGGACCUUAGCCUACUGGGGAACACGGCGACGGCCAUCCUCACCGGAGCGGGCUAUCCUGGAAAGGAAGGUUGUGUGCAGGCACUCAUGAAGCUGGACACGCAAAGCCUGUUGAGGGAAGCAGAUGAAAGAGGCGCCCACUCAGCGGGCCCAACAACCGGCAUCACUGUAGCUGCGAGCCACUCCAGCGGCCUUCUCAACACGCCUCCCCCGACUCCACCCGAGCUCUACCCGGGUCACGACUUCAGUGACCUGAGGCUGCUGGUUGAUGCCGCUCUACAGAGAGCUGCAGAGCAGGACCUGCUCAAGGAGAGCCAAAGCAAACCAGCAGAGCCUUUAAAUGCCAUACCGGUGGGUGCAAACGAAAAGGGCCCAACCCCGCCUCCAGAGGAACAGGUCAUGCAUCCUUCCAGAGUGCAGAGUCUGAUGGAGAAGGCCAUGUCUGUUCCAGAGCCGGUCAAAUCUCCAACAGUUGCUGCUCCACUUUUGCUCCCAGCCUCCAGGUUAUCCCCUCUACCAGUAAACAAAGUGAUGUGGAGCCCCUUAGGUAAAGACACUGUCAGAGCAUCCAGCCCAAACCAACCUCAUCUCAUCCCAGCACACCUACCAGCUGUAGUGCCAGUAUCUGCCAUCAUCCUGGGGCAACCAGAGCUACAGAAACCUGCUGCCUUCCUAGCCGUUAACCCAAAGUCACCUCCAGCCUCAUGUCCUAUGAGUUCGUCUAAUCCAGCAGUGAGACCUGUCUCCAUACAAACCCCUUCAGCCCAGUCAGCCACCUCAGAUUCCCCCCCAGCAGCAGCUGUUGCAUCUCCAUUGACGUCUAGAGGAGACCUGCCCCACCUCCCGUUCCACAAGCCCCCCUCGAUCCCUGUGACUCCCCCCACCGUCCUGCCCACUUCACCCUCGGUCUCAUCCGCAUCUUCACCACCAGCGGUCCCGCCUCUCCUGAGCCUCGCCUCCCACCUCGCUCCUCAUACCUCAGGGAGCAGCGGCUCAGCCAUGGUGCCGAAGGUUUGGAGCAUGGUUCACGCCAACGCCAGGCAGGCCAGUUCACUCCAAGUGGUACAGACCCCCAUCAGCACGGUGUGGGGGCCGCAGCACAGCCUGCACACGCUGAGUGAAGCUGUCAACUAG